AUGGAUUUACCAAAGGGCUUCGUCAAGGAUGAUAGGCGUAUCUACGGGGAUUUAGCAUCACUAUCACAGCCCCUCCCGUCCGAUUUCAUCAUCAGGAUGUGGCGCCUUUACACCACAACAAAUCUGAAGCUUGUCGAUCCCACCGCACGUCGCCUGGAAAACUUCUGGUGGCAAGUCAUGGGUAGCGACAGGUGUAAACUGAGAGCCGAUACUUUGGCCAAAAUUUGGGAAGACAUCUCGUAUGGCCCGACGUUUGUGCCGCUCAAAGGUUCACCAAACCGCUGGGAGGGACCAACAGUGAGUCCUGCGCCGCCUCACACCACAUCGACGCCCGCUGAUUUCCCUGCACAGACACCCCGUUUCAACAGCCAGCAUGAGUCUGACGUACUGUACAAUGCGCAACAAUCAACACAGGACGUCAAGCGCAUUGCCGACCAGUCGGCCAUUAAAGAACUAUCUGCAUCCUCAUCUCGUCCCCCGCCGCCUCACCCGAUUUUGAAGAAGUCCAGAGGAGAUUCCAAGUCCGGACCACGGCCAACAGCACGGUUUGUAUCACCUCAUGACUCUACCGAUGAAGACUUCAAAACCAGCGAGGGAACGUCUUCAGGAAGCACAGCCGCUAGCGGUUUAGAGAUGCGACCAUCAACAAUGGCAUCACCAGCGAGGCUCAAUAAGAAGAAGCCUUCCACCCCAACCAAGCGUUUCGUUGCCUCAGCGUCCAACAAGAGGAGACCAGUUCUUCCCAGAAGGCUCAGCUCGCAGUCUUCAACGAAUUCGGAUGUUAUGGCCAAAGAUGUUGGUUCUGCAAAUGGGACUAAGCAUGUUGGAAGUUACAAUGUGGUUCACCCUCAGGUCGAACAGACUACUGCACAGAACUCCUCUGUUUCUGAGGUGAUGGAACCCCCUCCAAGUGCCAAAGCAUUGGGAAAGCGACCGGCGAACCGCACAAACUCAGAAAAGUUAAACCCUCUGAAAUCACCUCCUGUAAUCGAGGAGCGGCGAAGGCCAGUCAUUGUGCAGACGACAAAUCGUGCACCAGCCCCACCACCGCUCGACAAGUCGGCCAUGGAAAAUACUACGCAAGAUGCAAGCAGGGUGAGGCAGGAAGGCCCCAAGACGCCUACCUAUGCCCCAUUGUCUUCUCCAGCGCUGUCAUCGCCAAGAAUUGGGUCAUUCUCUUCAUCACGCUCUGUUUUCUCGGCCCCACGAAUGGAAAGAACAUCAUCAAACUCUGAAACUUACCGACCGCGUGAAGCUAGCAUAGGACGUGGUCCUUCUCAUCUGGGACUGUUAUCCGGCGCUACGGCAAAGACAUCAACUGUGGCCGCUGUAGGCCAUGUAUCCAUUUCCGGCGAGCCUGAUAGACGCGCGUUCGAAGCAUUGGGAAGUUUCAGAGAAGAUACCGAGCCCAAAGGCACUCCCAGACGAACAUCCUCAUCAUCUCAUUUCACACCAACUAUGCCCAGUGCUACCCCCGAGGUUCCCCUGGCAAGGACAAGAAGUCAACUGACGCUCCUCCUAGAGCGCGAAAAAGAACGUCUCGGAGAUAGGCCAAGACAAAGAUCUUGA